AUGCUGAAAGCUCGGCAAACCGCCUCGGACGUUCGUGUUCGUCCCGCUGGCUCAUUUCUUGUGAAAAAGGAAAAAUGCGAGUACCAUAGUGACACAACAAUUCAAGAGAUUCCAAAUAUCGGACCAGAUGUAAAGCGAUUACGUUUAAUGACGUGGAAAAAUAUGCAAGAAGGUUUUGCGAAACGAUUACAAGAGUACAAUCCGACGAAACUUUUGGAAGAAAUUUUAAAUAAUGAUGAUACCACAGAAAAAUAUUUACCGGCGUCAACUCCAAAAUCUUUGGAACGUCUUCAAGAUUUUUCGAAUGUUUGCCUUAUUGCACUUACUGAAAAUGAACAUAUUUCUUGUAUACGAUUGUUAAUAAAAAUAGCUUCUGCAACCAAGGUGAAUGCAAUUAUUCUUCUUUCCUUUCAAUGUAUUUUGUCGAUUUUUCAACGAAGUUCUCUGAAACAAGAAAUUUGGAACGAACUAUCGUCUUUUCUUUGUUGUGAUCAACGAUUAUCUAGUUACUUCAUUUUAUUUUUUUUCAGCUGUUUUCAUCCGUCUUCAAUCCAUCUAUCCAUUUUGGCGAUAUUUCAUUUUGCAUUAAGCAAUAGUUUACUAUCAAAUAUACAUGCAAAAUUAGCUUGUGAUUUAGCACAGCAAUCUAUAUUGUCAAGCGAUCACAACCAUCGCAUUGCAGCUAUCAAUUUCUUUGUUGCAAUUUUUGAAGCAGUGAGAACAUCACUUUUUAUUUUAGUUAAUUUGGGCGAAGAUAUCUGUGAUUUCCGUUGGUUGGAGAACAUGCUAUGUAAAAUGGCUGAUGAUUGUGAUGCGAGAGUUCGUUUAGCAGCUGUCAAUGGCCUUUCUAUGCUUUCAAGGACAGAGCGUCCCUUAAGCUUCAGUGUGUAUGGAUUAAUGAAAGAAGUGAAAUUUUAA